CUGGCCAGAGCCAGGAGGCACAGCCUUACCGAACACGUUGCCAGGGCCGCGCAGGCAGUGCCUCCACCGCGCCAAGCCAAAAGCCGAAAGCAAGAUUUGCCGGUCAUCCGCCGGCAGAUCGGGCAUCAAUCUCGUCCGUUCUGCCAAGGCCCAACCCUGGCGCGGCCGAUAUAACGCCGUGCCGCUCGGCGUCAGUCCACAACACCUCACCUCAGAUCCCCUCUCACAACGCGCCCUUCUUCCUCCCCUCUUCACUGCAAUGUCGACGACCCUGACGACAGAACCUCUGAUCCAGAGCGGCCUUGCCUUCGCUCGACAAUACGGCACCCAGUUGGCGAUUGCGGGCACUGUUCUACUUGCCUCCGGCGCCUAUGCCAUAUUCGAGUCGGCCAGUAGUGGCAAGUCGAUCCCUGGCCCCAAGAGCUGGCCAUUUAUCGGCGAGUUUCUGACCAUUGGCAAAUACAUCGCCGACAGAAGAGUCCACAUGUUCUUCCAUGAUAUCCAAGAAAAGUAUGGCCCGAUCGGCACCGUCCAUAUCUUGGGCCGAACGAGUGUUUUGAUCUCCGACGCCGAUGAAAUCAAGCGGGUCCUCAAGGGCGACGACAAGUGCGAGUUUAUACGCUCCGAAGAGUUUCAACUGACACACAAGGGAAUCGCCCACUAUGCUUUAUUCUUGAUUCCGACCGGCGACGUCUGGAAGCGCCAUCGCAAGUUCCUCCAGCCCGGCUUUGGACCGGUUCAACUGCGAGCAGCUGCGGAAGCCUCCAACCAGUACAUGGACCUCAUGAUCACCAAGCUCGGUGCCUCUUCCAAAAUCAACAUGCAUCUCGUUGCCAACGCCGUCGUGCUUGACAUCAUCGGAGCGAUUGCGUUCUCAAAGGACCUUGGCACUACCGCUCUCCUCGACCGCCCCGCUGAACUUGACGAGGCCUUCAGUCCCUUCAAGAACAUUGCCCAAAUCACCAGCAACCGAUUCGGUCUCAACGAGUGGCUUUGGGACCGCUUUGGCGUGGGGAUGAAGAUUGGCAUCGAUGAGUCGCGCGCCAUCAAAGAAAUUACCCGUAAGACUCUCGCUGAACGCCGUGCCUUGUCGACGCCGCAUCCAAAUGAAGAUCUCAUGGACCGACUACUCUUUGUGGAUACCAGCGGAGACGCAAAAUUCACCGAAGAAGAGAUCCUGGAUGAAAUCUACGGCUUCUUCCUGGCCGGACACGAGACCACCGCCAAUUUGAUUACCUUUGUCAUGAUCGAGCUCAUGAAGCACCCGGAUGUGUACGAGAAGGCUCAACAGGAAGUUGACAGCAUUCUGGGCCGUGACGGACUGCCUGCCCACGAGCAACUCUCGCAGUUCAAGUACAUCGAUAUGGUGAUCAAGGAGACUCUUCGAAUGUAUCCACCUGUUCCGCUGUUGGCCCGCCGCACCACCAAGGACACUCAAAUCCUGGGAUACCACGUCAAGAGCGGGAUUGAGAUCAACGUGGUCAUCUCCCAUCUCCAUCGGAACCCCAAGUAUUGGGAGAACCCUGAAGAGUUCAACCCUGAUCGUUGGAUCAAGCCGCACUACCCCGGCAGCUACUUGCCUUUUGGCGAUGGCCCCAUGAACUGCAUCGGGCAGAAGAUGGCAAACAUUGAAACAAGAAUCUUCGUCAUCCGCGCGCUGCAAAGGUACAACUUCAAGCUGCUUGAUCCGAGCCAGUUGCGCAUCGUCUUCUCCAUCACCCAGGGCUACAAAGAUGGCGUCGACGUCCUUGUUGAGCAGCGAGCAUAAACACCUUUCAAAGCCCUGUAGUAUUCCCAAAGCCUCUUCUAUUGCCCCUUCCAAUAUCUUCAUAUUUGUCGCCUCUUGUUUGUAAAAACAACUCAGUCCAUACGACUCGAAAUACAAAAGGUUGCCCUCGAUAUAAUCGACGCUUUGAGGCCAAUAUACGCACACACGCAGUGGUGAUGCAUCCAUUGCAGCUAUUGGGGGCACGGGAAGGUGGGCCACAAGCGAUGUUUCUGGACCAAGGAUAGGAUUGUGCUUGUUCAAUACAAGCCGCCUCGUAGCGUCGCCAUACAGCAAUGUUC